AUGAUGAAAAGAGACCUGUAAAAAUUUAAAUAUGUUGGAGGUGGCAAAUUUGAAAACGUGCCAUAUCAAAAUAAAUUCAAUAAAGAAUAAAAAUAUAAUGAUAGAGAUAUAAAUGAUAAAAGACUUCCAAAAUGGGAUUUAAUCUACAAAUUUUCAGAUAGAAAUAAUAUAAAUUGUAAGUAUCACCAUGAGACUACAAUCGAAAUUACAAAAUUCAAGCCAACUAGAAAAAAUUAUGGACCCUCAAGCAAUCUCCAUUAAGUUUAGACCCAAUAAGACUAAUAUAAGCCUACUAUUAAAAUAGUAGAACAACAGCCACCAAAAUCAGCAAGAGACUUUACUGAGAGAACUCCUAGAGCAAUUAGAACUAUCCCAGACAAUAGUGAUGAGCUUAGAAUAAUCAAUGAGAAAAAAUAUUUGUUGCCCCACAUGCGCACCAUUACUCCUAAUGGCAGACCUAUAAAUGUAAAGCAUGUAAGUGAAUUCAAAAAUAGUGAAGAGCUGGACAUUCUUAACCAAAUGUACCAUGAAUUACCUCAUAUGAGAACAAAAACACCUAACGGAAGACAAAUUAGAGAACCAGCAACUCAUUUUAUCUCCAAUGAAACAGAUUUUAUCAACUAAAAAAAGCAUCUCAUGCCUUCUAUGCAAAAUAUCUAACCAGAAGUAAGGCAAAACCUAACCUCGAGAAAUAAAUCUUAAUUUACUCUUGCUUGGGAUGCAUGA